AUGACGAUUGACAAUCGAACAUUAUCAAUGGUCGUACCAUAUUUAUUACAUAAUAAUGAAGACGAAAAUUUAUUUAUUAAAAUUUUAGCACGUAAUAUAUCUCAAAAACCUUUAAUAAGUUUUAAUUUAAAUAUAAUACAAUGUUUAAAUAGUCAAUUAUUUAAUUGGACAUCAGUUGAAUCAUCAUUAACAUUACGUGGAGAAUUUGUUCGUACAACAUUUAUUGAUACAAAUAUAAUGUAUUUAUCAUCAGGUAUAACAUAUUUAAGAAAUUUAACAUCAAUUGAUUGUUUAACAAAAACAAUUUAUCGUACUAAUCAUAAUGAAUUAUUUAAAAUUAAUUUAAAAAUUGAAUCAACAUUAAAUAAUUAUUGUUCAAAUGAAAAUUUAUGUUAUCCAUUAAAUAUUUAUCAAUGUGAUUUAGAACGACAUCGUUGUAUAUGUCGUUCACCAUUUCAAUCUUAUUUAACUAAAAAUCAACAAUCAAUAUGUAUUCAUGCUGUUGAAAAUAUUGAUCAAUGUACAAUGAAAAAUUUUCAUUGUUUAGAAUGGUGUCAUCAUAAUCGUUCAUCAACAAUGUGUAUAUGUCCAAAUAAAUUAUCUAAUAAAAAAAUUUUAGAUGAUAAUAGAGCUUAUUGUGAAGGUCUAACGAAUGGCCUAUGUAAUUCAUUCAUUCAAUGUCCAUUAGGAGAUAUUUGUGUGGAUGAAACUUGCCAGAAUAUUAACUAUAAAUUACAUCAUUUCAUGUCAUUUGAUAUUGUUACUAUUUCAAUUAUUGUUUCAUCUUUAAUACUUUUUGUGAUUGUUAUUAUUCUGGGAAUAUGUAUAUGUAUACUGCGUCGACAACGAUGGAAAAAACAUUACCAUUCAUCGAGUGAUUCUGUCUACAAAAAGAAACAACAAAUAAAUAUUCCGACAACGAGUAAUUACGAUAAUAUUAUCUAUGGAGUUUUUCAUAAUAAUGUUCAACUUUCAUCAAAUCUAUUAUCAUCAAAUGACGAUCAUGUUAAUGAUACUUCGUCAUUUACUACAACAGAUUUAUCAUCAUAUCAUCCAAAAAUUGUUUUUUUAGGUGGGGAACAACAAUUAACAGCAAUAUAUGCAUAA